UUGACGUAUUUCAAUGCCCGGCUAUGUUUACAUCAUGGCGGCAAAUUCUUCUUAGGCUUGGUCAAUAAGCACAUAUCCCCUUCAAAAUAUAGACAUUUUUUGCUGUUUAUGCGUUAUAUGAGAGAUAAGGUAUUUUGUUUAUGUGUCUUAGAUAGGUUUUGUGAUGGUUUAACUCUUGUCAUAGUCUGGAGAUUGGUGAAAUUGAAAGUAGACAAUAAUGGACCCCCAAAGCAUUGAAUUUUCGGAGGAGGAAAUUCAAGAUGAACUUGCACGACUGGGUUACAGAAAUGUUCCUGAAGAAAAAUUACGAGAAUUCAAGAAAGACCUCCAGAGGUUAAUCCAACAAGAGCGCAGCAAGAAUUCGUCCUUCAACAGUAGUGGAUCAUCACACCUGGCAGCUGAUGCUGCUGACACUUCAGCCUCUUCAGCACAUGGAACUGUGAGGCGAGAGAGAAUCCCACUGGAGGAAGUUUCUGACCAGGAUCACCUUGACUACAGAACGCAUGCGUAUUCACAAAGAGGGAUUGGAAAGGAGAAUAAUUAUGGAGUGGAGCCAGUCUUGAAGAGGCCAGUAACUGGUAAUCCCUCAAGAGGUCACAAUGACAUGUUCACCAUGUUCGACAGGGAUGCCAUUCCUCCAGGUUUGAGAGAUGAUGUAUCAGAGACUGACUCAGAAAGAAGGAUGGUGAAGAGGAAGACAUUAAGGAAAAAUGACAAAGGCUCAAAAUUUAUUGAUGAAUCCAUGACAGAAAGUGAUGCAGGAAGUAUCAUUGAUGCCAAUGAAAGACUACAGCGAUUGGCAUUACGAGAUUCUGAUGAUAUUGCCUCAACAAGACGACCACAUUCCGCACCUGCAGAUGCCCCAUAUAGACUAUCUCCUGAUGACCCCAGACCUUCCUCAGUGAUCCUUCGGACGGCUGAUCACCCGCACACCCGCAAUAUCCGAAAGUCCGACCCAGUGGCCCGGUACCAGCAGUUCCAGCAGGCCUGGCAGGUGCAGAAGGCCCCUGGGGAGAAGGUGCACAAGGGGCUCCGGUGGAACAUCCGGGAACAGAUGCUGGUGCAUGAAACCAUCGAGAAGAGGCCUCAGCGAGUAUUUGUAGCCAAUAAGUAUGUGGUACCCACAGAGAAGAAGAGACAGACCCUUCGAUGGCAAAUCAGGAUGGAUCUGGCCCAUGGCAAUAAGCCACCUUGUGGAUUCUUUCAUGAAUAUUAAUUAUGAAGUGAAUUGAACCGUAAACUUGCUCUAACCUAUUUGUAUGAAAUGUGUGAAGUCAUGAAUUUGUACAUGUUUGACUGUUUGAGUAGAAUAGAUUUGUAAUUUAUUUAUUUUUAUUGUUGAAUAUUACUUAUAAUUUGUGAUAUUAAGGCAUGCAUGUUCAAAAGACGAAUCAACCUUAAUGGGAUUGCCAUUUGCUCUCAAUGGGUAGCUACGUGUGGCAUCUUUACCAUGUUUACUUCUGUCCAAAUUAUGAUUGCAUUUAGUGCCUUUGAAUAACCCAAUCAUAGUCACCUCCCAUGAAAUUUCAUGUUAUGUGAUAUUUGUAAUGCCAAUUCAGUGUUUUAUAUAUAUUCAUUGUUCAACUAUCCUUGGUGUUUACAUGCAUUUGAAACACCAUGGAGGUAUUGCAAUUUUGUGAAUACUUCACAGUUUUACAUAGCAGUUAAAGGCAAGAAAAAAAUAUGUGAUACAUAACAUUGGAUGCUAUUUUGAACAAAUUUUUAGAAAUAUCAGACAUGUUUUAGUUAAGAUUGACAUUACUCAAACCAACUGUGAUCUUGUAUUGGAUUUCUGUCAUGUAAAUAUUUAGUGACUAGUCAAUUAUGAUAGGAAGUUUGUGAUUUGUAAACAGUCUUUAGAUAUACACAUUAACAUUCAGAGUUCUACAUCACAACCAUUAUGAGGAUCAUUCCAUUCAUGUGAGGCGGGAUGAGCAAUUUUGUAAUUGAAGCAUUGAAGUUAGGAUGUUCUGUGUGGUGACAUGUGUCUUUUAAUUGUAUGGUGUCUGCAUACUGAAAAUUGUAUAAAGCAGGUAACUGUACACAUUUAUGUGUUUAAUAUAGAAUAAAUACAUUGAAUGCA